CAUAACUCUCCUCAUCAUCGUUAUAAAAGAAUCCAACGCCCAUUCUUCUUUCCCUUACCUUCCCUCACACGCCUUCCUCUCAUCUCUUCCCUUGUUAUUCUCCUCUCCUUCGGAGAAACAUCGACCCACCACGGCAGUACGCAUAACAACAUGUCUACGGAUCUAGAAUUGUGCCAGGAAUUGCCCAAGAUCAAGAUAUCGGCUAUCAAGAUUGAAACUCCGGACCGAUUCAAUGUAAUCCAACAGCAGCAGCAGGAAAGUAGUAGCAGUGACGAAGAUCAGGAGUGCCGCACACCGACGUCACAGGAACACAAGAUCCCAACGGUUCUGUGCUGUCCUCCUGCUCCUAGGAAACCUAAGAGAAGACCAAUCUCAUGCAAAAGAAAGCUGUUUUCGGAGCUGGAGUUCUUCGAGAUCGUGAAUCGGGAUGAGGUGGAUGCGUUUUUCGAAACUGGGUUCGAUCUGGUUUCCAUUUCCAAGAGAAGGUGUCCGUGUGCUUGAAACCAAAAAUAUCCCUCACAAUUCAGUACUCUUCCAUGGGCAUCGCCAGCUUCUUUCUUCUAUAUAGAGUUCACAUUAAUUCAGUUGCCUUCUCAGCAAGCUGAAUGAGUAAAUACCAUGAAUUACACGCAAAUCUGCCACGCUCCAUGUAAUUGUGGGAUAUUUGAUUCAAAUCUCUCUAAGAAUUAUAAGUCUGUAAUUCUCAGACAAUUUGGAUCUGAGCUAUUAUUUGUUUAUUAUUAUCAAAUCCCUUAAUUAUAUAUGAAUAUUAUUAUCAAUUUGGAUGCAGUUUUUUUUCUUGUUGUAUUAUAGAUGUUCUAAUGUUUAGUUCUCAAUUGGGUUCAUAUGUUUCUGUUCCGCAGUAGACCGGAGAAGAUGAUGAUGAUAAAAUAUUGGUAGAGUAGAUGAGAAGGUUGGUUAAUUGCUUGUUUUGUGAGGGUUUUGAAGCUUGAAAGUGAGAGAAAUUAAUAUAUAAGGUCUGGGUUAGGUAUUUUUUUAAGAUUAUUUUUAUUGUAAUUAAAUGGGUUUGACAGGAGGGAUGGAGUUGGAGUACUUGACACGGCUUUGGGAUUGCUGAACUUGGAUUUCUGUUUUCGGAGAUGAUUUUGAUUCAACAAAACUGAGUUGGAAUUAUGACUAACAUCUCCUAUUUUUGGACAACAUAGAAAAGAAAGUCCACAUGCUUACUCUAGUCAUGCCAUGUCUGCACAACGUCACCAACAAUGCUACUCACAUUUCUCAUGC